AUGAUGGCCUGGAUUUCCAACAAGGGCCUCGGUGCCAGGGAUGCAAUCUCAGAAGCUCAUAUGCUAGUGACCGAGCUUUACAAUCCAGCAAACCAACGAGACCCCGCUAGGAUCAAUGAGAUCCAAGCUCGCCUUCAGCAACUGCAAAAGACAGAGCAUGCAUGGUCGAUUGCAGAUUCCCUUUUGCAAAACGAGCACUCAUCCCAGCAUCGUUUUAUGGGAGCCCUCACCUUCACAGUGAAGAUCAAUGUCUCAUGGAAUGAAAUCGACGAAAAUGCCGCGGCGGAAAUCUUGCAACACCUGAUCAAUCGAUUUGUACACAUUGUCAACAAGGGCGAACAGGCAUUGGUUGUGCGAAAACUGGCUUCUAGCCUGGUUGCUAUCAUCAAGAAUCCGUCAACCCCCCGUAAACAGGCUGUGUGGCAGCUGGCCGCAAGUCUAGUGAACGGCGAAUACGUUUCAGAAGAACUAGCCUUAGGUGUGGAUUUUCAAGAACGGAUUUUGCCAGCAUUGAACGCGAACGCGUCAGGGGCACUCCUGUUUUUCUCCAUUGCACUCGCCGAGGAAGCAGUUCGAGCGGAAUCGGAGGCUACACAUAGAGCUAAAGACCAAUACCCUCUCCACCAAGCCUUGCAGAGCAUGAAAGCCGGAUUAUAUUUGGUCCAAUUUGUGCUGAACGGCAUCAUGCAGCAUUCACAAAAAUUUGGAGAUGAUGCAAUCGACGCGGCAUUAGCUGCAGAAGCAAUGAGCAGCUGGAAGACGUGGCUGAGUUUUCAUGGAAUCCGCUCACGCUCUGUCCCUGAGGAUGUCGAUCAACUGGCUAUAAGCUGCGGGAAGACUAUCAUCGAGACACUCAGGGUACCUAGCUUGAGUGAGAACGCUGCUUCAAUCCUGACCCAAGCCUUUGAAAGUCGUCGUUGGGUCUUUGACGCUAGCUCAUUAUCUCUCGUUGCUGAGGUGCUCGCUUUUUCCAUUGUGACUGGUCACAUCACAGCUGUAAGUAACGGAGAUGAAGGUCUUGAAAGCAUGGCAUUCGUCGAUCUUCUUAUAGCCUAUGUCUCGCAUCUUUACUUGGAUGUCUUCACCGUCCCUUUAUCCCCACACCACGAAGCCAUCCUUCGCCUCGUCCACGGAAUCUUCAAAACUCCGGGUUAUGCGUCCAUUGACGAUCUCGGCACCCCACGUGCUUUGGAAUUCUGGAGUGAGAUUGCCGAGAGUGUCCUCGAUGAUCUCAAGCCAGAUGAUCCCAGAUACGACUUGAUCAAGUCGCAUCUGGCUGAGGUGGUCUUGAUUCUCCCGAGCAAACUCUUGUACCCCACUUCCGAAGAUCUGGCAGACUGGAGUGAUGAAGAGCGCAGCGAGUUUGGCGCUUUCCGCCACGAAGGUUGUGAUUACCUCCUCGCGGCAUAUCCCAUUAUUGGUGUUGAGUUAGUCACUGUCUUCCAGAGAAGUGCAACGUCGCACCUUCAAGGCGGCGAUUGGCGCAACUUUGAAACUGCUAUGUUUUGCAUAGCCCAGCUCUCGGAAGCAGUUGACGAUAACUGUCACGCUGACCAGUGCCUUGACGACAUCUUUGGCAGCAAUGCCUUUGCCCGGCUUUGCGCUGGCGGGGAGACUGGGAUGCCGGUUAAAGCUCGCCAAACCUUGGUUGAUUCUUUCGGGAAAUACGAGUUUUAUUUCGAACGUAACAGCUCACUACUUCCAGGGGUUCUCAAUAUUCUCUUUGAAUCUCUCAGCUUCGAGCUGUGUGCCCAAGCGGCUUCGAGGUCUAUCUUGACUCUUUCCAAAUCUUGUGCCCGCCUCUUGACCUCAGACUUGCCUGUGUUCUUAGAUCAACUAGACAAAUUCAGGAGCAUGCCAACAGCCACGGCUUCAACUAUGCCCAAGGUACUUGAGGGCAUUGCGACCAUCAUCCAAACUCUGUCAACCGACGAGGAAAAGGUCCAAACGCUAGAAAGGAUUCUUGGUUUCUUUGUUCAGGAGGCUAACACAGCCCGGGAAGAAGUUACGGGUCCUGCUCAUGAACAUGGCCGUCUACGCGGGCAUCUGGUCUUAAGCUGCAUUGCUAGCAUUGGAAAGGGCCUUCGUUCAGAGACCGACCUAAUCAGUAUUGAUGAUCUGCCGGAUGAAGGACCCUAUCCUGCAUCGUUUUGGAACUCCGGACCAGGGGCCGAGUCCCAACGUCUGCUCACGGAAGCCAUGCGACUUCUCAUUGUUGGAUUCCCCGUGGACAACGGCAUAAUUGAAGCAGCCUGUGAUAUUCUGAAGGCUGGCUACACGGAGCGAGCCGGACUCUUUGUUUUCCCGCCUUCGAUGACUGUCGACUUUAUCAAAAGCUUCCCUCUCGGUAUCUCAGGCACGGACAUUAUCAUGGCAACCGCAUCGUCGUUCUUGGCUUCCCACGCUUCCCAUGCAAUGCAAAUUCGCGCUCAGGCGGAGGCCCUGACUGACCAUGUUGCCCGGCUGUUUUCCUCUAUGCUCCAAACCCCGGAAUUGUAUGAUCCAGAGACUGCCAACGCCGGAAUUGACUUCCUAGCUCGUCUGCUACCGAAGUACUACCAAGUCUUAUUCAUUCCUAUGGAGUCCAACGCCGAGUCUCCUCUCGCCGUGUUGCUUCACUUCAUACUUCACGCAUUAAGUCGCCCGGACCCACUCCCCCUCCGAGCCGCAUCUGCAUUCUGUGUUGCUUUGGUAGACCUCCGCAGUACUUCCCCUGAGGCAACCAAUGCGAUCGACUCUGUUCAUCAGGAGUUCAUCCCCCGUUUGUGCUACACGAUCGUGCAGCAGAUUGCCGGUCAAUGCGCAAGAUCAGAUAUGAAAUUCUUCAGUGACGCUCUGCGACGCACCAUAUUCAAGAAAAUGGCGCUCGCGCGACCCGCUCUGAAAGCUGCCCUCGAAGAUCUCAACCCUCAGUUCACAGACACCAAUGGUCAGCAAGUGCCUCUUCUCUCGCCGCAAGAUAAAUCGCGAUUCUUAGAGUCGCUUGUUAUCGCUCGGGGUGCUGCGACUCCCUCCAUAGACCUUGUGCGGGACCUCUGGCUGAAAUGCCGAAGGGUGGAAUUUGAUUAUGUCUAG